AUGCCUUUGAAAUACACGAACCCCUUCUAUCAGCCUCCGGACACUCCGGGCCAGCCUUGUCAGUCUUACUGCUGUCAGCGCGGCGAGGAAUGGAUCACACACCAUUAUAUCUUGGACCUCUACAACAAUGGGCCUUCACCACAAGAGUUGGAAUACACGGGUUGUUGGAAGCCCCUGACCACCCAGGUACGGCUUCUGGCAGAGUCCAUGCGUCAGGCGGGACUCGUGAAAUGGCAAGACCUGAGCCCCGACACCCGCGGACGGCUAGAAAGCUGGUCGCCCGUGGCUCAAGAAUUGUGGGAGUCGGACUUCCUCGCACACCGCGAAGGCAUCGUCCAGGCGUGUAUCUGGCAUUAUCUUGACGAUAAUCUGUUCUCUUUUGCGCCCGACUUGGAAGAGAGAGUCCUUGUGAAGCCCAGUUCCCCAGUCUGGGAGUAUGUCCGUGGCCUCCGCCGAGAGCUGAAUCGAUUGGGAAUCUGCAAGAGCGAACACGAUGGCCGUAUCUAUCCCAUCCAAUUCUCCGUCUGGAGUCGCUUGACUGAGCACCUUGUCCGAGGUGGGCUGGGACUGCAGCGAUCCGUUGCGCCAGCACAUCUGGUGGCCCACUUCAAGAGCUACCACCGCCAGUUUGUCGUCGAUGGCGAGCACAUGUUCCCCGACGAUCCCCAUGCCGAGGACUUGGAUUACAUUGGCGUCAUUGACAACGACACUGAUUCCUACAAUUACGUAAUCAGACGUCUCCUCCGCUCCGCCCUCAGGGCGCAGGUUUUCCUGCAUGGCAUGCCCGGGCGCUAUACCCUCAGAUUUUCACCCAUCGGCAGUUACGAGACCUCCGAGUUCCCCUUUGACGAAGACUGGAUGCGGCCGGCCAACGCAUCUGAAGUACCGCCCACCCGACGAGGUGAGCAACCGGACGAGCCGUUGCCACCAGUUCAGCUUGUCAGCCAGCCCAUGUUGGUGGCCAGCGGCCUUGACGGCUUGAGCUUCGACCGCGAGUUCUCCCUCGUGACUCAUAUGGAGGUCAUUACUCCUUGGACCUUUGGCGGGCCCGAGGCCAAGGAAUUUCUGCGGCCUGGCUACGAAAAGGGAUGGGAGCUGCUACCGGCCGAGGUACGAAACGCACGGAUGUGGCCAAGGAUCAGGGAAGCGGCAGCGCGGUACGACGGGGAAGGCAAGGAGGGCGACAACAUGCCGAAGACGCCGGGCACGGAUGACCAAACGGCUGAGUCCCCUACAGCGGCCAACGCUGGCGAGAGCACAAACCAAGAGACGGACUGA